GCCGGGCGGUGGUGACUGUGCACCGACGUCGGCGCGGGCUGCACCGCCGCGUCCGCCCGCCCGCCAGCAUGGCCACCACCGCCACCUGCACCCGCUUCACCGACGACUACCAGCUCUUCGAGGAGCUCGGCAAGGGUGCUUUCUCUGUGGUCCGCAGGUGUGUGAAGAAAACCUCCACGCAGGAGUAUGCAGCCAAAAUCAUCAAUACCAAGAAGUUAUCUGCCCGGGAUCACCAGAAACUAGAACGUGAGGCCCGGAUAUGCCGACUUUUGAAGCAUCCAAACAUUGCCUGUUGGUUCUGAGGCAUCCUGCAGGACCUAAAACAGCCCUGGGAGAGUGGCCAGAGGCGUGGAGUUGAGAGGAGGAAACGGCAGUAGUGCUAAUCAUCUAAAGUCUGAAUGAAGUGUCUUCUACCUGUGCCCUGCUUGCUCCCUGCUCUAAAUUCCUCUAAUGAAUAGACUCUGUCUUCCUUCGUGCUGAGCUGCCCCAGCAGUUUCAUCACAGUCUAGCAUUGUGGUUUAGAGCAGCACUUCUCAAACUUUCAUGUGCUCGUGAAUCACUUAGGGAUUGUGUUAAAAUUGAGACUCUGAUUCAGUAGGUCUGGGGUGGACCUGAGCUUCCUCACAUCUCCUGGUGAUGCUCACGCUGCUGAUUCAUGGACUGCACGUGGAGAAGCAAAGGUCUGUGGCUUUAGAGUCAAGUCCUCUAGGUUUGAAUCUGGGAUUUGCUGGUUAGCUGUGACCUCCGGCACAUGGUUUCACCCACCUGUGCCUCCGUUUUGUCAUCUGUGCCUCUUCAUGGAGUUGUUUUGAGAAGGUUCAGCAAGCAAAGGAGGCCUAGGAAAUAAAUGGAAAUGAUGAAAAUGGAGAUUCCAGCUCCCAGAAGUGAUCCCUUCUAGACUCCCAGACCCAACUCAGUUCGCAAGUUAUUCAAGCCUGGCUGCGUUUUACCUUGGGCCCAGGGCCCAUACAGCUAAUAGUAAGUGUAGCAAAAGCAGUUGUAAAGAAAGAAGGAAACUGGAUCAUAACUGAGCAGCUCCCAAAUCCCUGCCCACCUGCUUCUGGAGGACAGCGUUCAUCCCUCACCAGCCCAUGGGAUGACAGGACCUCCUUCCCACUGUGUUAUUUCCAUGGACAUGAACAGUGAUACUUUGUCAGUGCUUUUUUGACCAAAGUUUGUUAGUUAAAAUGUGGCGUACUGUUGGGUGGUUUUUAAAGAAUUGGAAACAGCCACAAAAUUUGCGUUGUGGCUUUGUCAGUACUUGAAGGUAUGAGACAUCGAGUGUUUUUUUUUGGCCUGUUCUUCCUUCCACAGUUUGUAAAGAACAAUAAUUAGGUUUAUCACUGUAAUGCAGUAAAUGCUUCAUACUCCUUUUCCAGAUCUUCCUGUCUAGAGUUGGUCUGGUCCUCCUUGGCCUUCGUACCCUCUCAUGACUGUGGAAUGGCCUGGGUGUCGGAUUUUUUUUUUCCGCAUGCAUCCGUAGCAUCCUUUACUUCUCCCUGACAGCCCUCAGCACAGUACUGCUUGGUUAUGCAUUUGUGUAAGUGCUUCUUUAAAGCCCGUCUUCCCCGAUCCCCCAGAGGCUGCGCAGUGGCAGAGCUGUGUUUCCCUUGUUCACAGCUGUGUCCGUGGCAUGUACAGUCACGCCUGCUUCAGGGAGGUGCCGAAUGGACACUGUUGAGUGAAUCAGAAUGGCCAGGGCUAGUGGGGACAGGUUGGAGCUCCUUUGCCUAAGAGGAUGGAGAAAGUGACUCCUUGGCAGGCAGUUCCACAAAAUCAGGGAUCUUGCUGUCAGUUUGCUUUGUCCUCAAGUCUCAGCUCUGCCACUCAGUAUAACUUUGGGUGAGUUUCUCUUGGAGCCACCGUUUCCUGUCCUGUUAGAUGGAGGUGAUAGAAGUACCUACCCGACAGAGCUAAUGCAAGGGUUCAGUCAAAUAACAUGUGUAAAAGCACUUGGCACAAUGCCAAGCACAUUGAAACAGCUGAACUAAGAGUUAGGUAUUGUAAUUUGGAUCAUUAUUAUCAAGAAUCUGCUAGGUUGGCAGUUAGAGUGGUGCAUUCAAGUUUCUCGUCUUGUUCUCAGUCCCCUGUUAAUUUUCUUUACAAAUGGAAAAAAAAAAAGAUAGCAGUCUUGCUCAGCGAUGGAGCCUUGCACACCUGUCCCUCCUUGUCUUGGCGGUGCCAUGCUCUGAGACACACAUCAAAGCCGUUCUCUGGGCUGGGUGGCCUGGGAGGAUUAGUCUUCCUUUGCUGCUCUGCUCUUCUGAUUCCCCUCCCAGCUUCCUCCCACCUGGGCUCCGUGUGUGGCCUUCCUGGAGAAGGGCAAGUUCCAAUGACUCCCUGUCUGGGCAGAGGCAUGGGUGCCUGCCCUUUUUGCCCUGUUCUCAGCCCUGCUGUGCUGGGUUCGGGGGGUGGGUCUGGGGGCAGGGAUCCUGGGGAGGCAGGGCCAGGAGGCAGGACUCCCCUGGGAGUGGCUGUUAGCAUCGUACCUGCUGCCCUGUUAGUGCAUCAUCCUGCUGCUGUUAGUCACCUCCCUAAUGAAGCUGGUCUUUAGCUUCUGGGACAGCUGAUUUCCAGGGGAUUAUUUGUAUUACACACUUUAAUGCUUUUUAGUAGCAAAUUUUUAAUUAAAUGGGAAGUCCUCUUGGAAGCAAGGUAGCAGCAGCUGCAGCAGGACUCAGCGUGAGACACCAACUCCCGCCAGAGACCCACAAGUGAGGAGGGAGGGUGGCAGGGCUUUAGGGGAGCUCGCUUGAGCGUGCCUGGCUCAGUUAGGGUGGAAGGGAGGCAGGGGUCUGGCUAUAGCUCCUUCCUUCUGUCCCCCACAGGCCUAGAGAAGUAUGAGCUUAUGUGCCCGAGUAUAGGAGAGAAUCAUUUGAGGAGGAGGGGUUUUAGAAGUACCACUUGCCUUUGAUCCCAUUGGUAAAUUGCAGAAAUACUGAGUUCUGGUGGAAUUUUGGGUUGAGUAACCAGAUCAGAUCUAAUAAGGUUGGCAAUAUGAAGCAUAAACAAUUGUCAGGCCCUGGUUCUAGCCCUGGCAGGCCUGAGUCCUCAUUUGUCAAGUGAGGAAAACCACAGGGCUCUAGUGAUGGCUGAGUGCCUGUAUUUUACAUUCGGCUGAUCUUGCUUUGGUGGGAAGGGUAUGUAGGAAAGUGCCUCAGCCCUGAUGAAACGCUCUCACACUGGAAACGGUAGUUGUCAUUUGAGCUGGUUGGGGCCAGACAUGGAAGAGACACUGUGAUUUCUUUGUAUCCAAGAACUUCACUGGUUGGUUUGGUGUCAGGCCAUUCCUGAAGUGCUCUGCAAGGUGCUCCUGGAACUGCUGAGGGAUGGAGUGAAUGUCAAACAGAAGAAGCCCUUUGGAACAUAGGCUCCCCAUCAAGAGAGUGCAGGUGAGGGAAGGGACAGGAGCAGCUAGGAUGGUUGGCCAAAACACAGUUGUGUUUGCAUUAGAAUGAUGCUCAAGGGUUGGCAUUUAACCCUGAGGUGGCUUUGUGGGCACAGGCUUGAAGAGGAGACCUCAGAAGACAUUUAGGUUGAGCUUUUGCCCACGAGCUCUGGAGGUGGGGAGGGAGGAAGGGAUUCUGCUCGCCAGCCUUUUCUUGCAGCCUUUACUGCAGCUCAUGCAGUAGCCUCUCGGAGCCGUCUUGAUGCUGUUGUAGGCACAUUCGUGAGUGGUUUCUCUCCGGGCUCCAUUGCUUUGUUGCCUGGGUGUGUGGGCUUACUCCACAUUCUUAUAGGAAACAGUGAUAUGGACCAGUCUUGGAGUCAGAAAGAGCUGAGUUCACAUUUGGACCCACUACAUCUUUGGCCUUUGGCAAGAAACUGUAUGUCCCUGAGCGUCCAGUGUCCUCAUCUGUGGAAUGGGGAGUAAUACUUAUCUCGGGGUGGUGGUCAUCAGGAAUAAUAAACUCCUUGAAGGCCAGUUACUAUUGUCCUUCCUAAAUCCCGCAUCUACCACAGGGUCCAACACACAGUAGUCACUCAGUAAUGCUUGUAGCAUAAGUAAUGUACGCAAAGAGCCUAACACAAGGCCUGGCACGUCGUGAGCACUUAAUAAAUUGGUCAUUGUUGUCAUCGCCUGACUCUGUGUGUUGCCUUCCGUGCGCACCAUCUGUCAUCCUCCCUCCACGCGCCUCCCUGCUGGGCUCUGCCUUUCCCACUUCUUCCCCUCCCUCUAAUUCUUCUGUCCCCAUUUACUCCAGGCUCUCAGGCUCU